UCUUCUAUACAAGACUCGUCAUGUCUUUAUUUACCAAUGGACAUUUGACUGCAUUGCUCACUUCCUGACUGUGUCGAGUUUCUACAUUUCCAACAUGUCCACUCAGAUAUUCUCUGGUGCUCUGUCUUCUUCUCCAAACCAAAGCUGUGCACCUUCAGUUGAUCGGUUUACAGUAUUCUCAGGCGCCAUGUUCAAUGUUAUAUUAUGGCGUGUGCUCGCCAACUAUUCUGUAUUGGAAUUAAAGGGACUGAAAAUGGAUUUAUAAAUGAAUGAUUGAUUAUAUCAACGAGAAACUGAAUGCUGAUCAAAGUGACAUGAUGUUUAGACCACGCAAGGUAACCUGUUAAUUUAAUUUCUGACGCUGACUUUCUACAGUUCACCAUGAAAGCCAUCUUUUUUAUGGUGUGUCAGGCUCUUUGCCUUUACCUCAUCGUGUGUAUUGACAGUCGUCUGGACUUCAAGUGGCAGGUUUGGAAGAAGACACACAGCAAACAGUACAAGAAGGCAAGUGAGCUGCAAAAAAGAACAAUAUGGGAAGAGAACUUGAGGAAAAUUAAUGCCCACAACCUGCGGUACAAGAGAGGAAAAACAACCUUUAAGUUGGGAAUGAACCAGUUUGGAGAUCUAACAUCUUCAGAGUUUGCCAGUAUGCUGAGUUCCUAUUCUGUGAAGCACGUGAGGGAUGGCACACUGUCUGCCACCGACCUGCGGAGUGCUGCCAGUAAGCUGAACCUCACCAGUAUCGAUUACAGGACACUGGGGUACGUCACACCCGUCCAAGACCAGGGAUAUUGUGGCUGCUGUUGGACAUUCAGUGCUGCUGGAGCAAUAGAGGGGCAAACCUUCAAUAAAACAGGCAAGCUGAUACCACUGAGCAAGCAGAAUCUGCUCGACUGUGCAGAGUCUUUGGGGAACCAGGGCUGCUCAGGCGGGAGGCCCUCUCUGGCCUUCCAGUACGUGAUCAACAGUGGAGGAAUUCAGGCUGAGGCAACCUAUCCUUACACAAUGGCAGUUGGGUCCUGUCGUUUCAACAGCAGCAAGGUUGUCGCCACUGUGUCAAAUUACAAGUACCUCCCAAUUGGCAAUGAGCAGGCUUUGGCAGAUGCCCUGGCAACCAUUGGGCCAAUCUCAGUGGUCAUUGAUGCCACUCAGAUUAGCUUCCAGUUCUACCUGUCUGGAAUCUACAAUGAUCCCAAAUGCUCCAUAUACAACCUAAGUCAUGCCGUACUGGCAGUUGGCUAUGGAUACCAAGGAAGCAACAAUUACUGGAUUAUCAAAAACAGCUGGGGCACCAUGUGGGGCAUCAAUGGCUACCUGAUGCUGGCCAAGGACAAGAACAACGCUUGUGGAAUCAGCCAGUAUGGUGCUGUCCCUUUUGUCUGAGAUAUGUGACUGGCUCCCUUUGUGUUCCUCUGAUUUGAGUGCAGUUGUAAGCCGGACUCUCAUCAUUGGAGUUGUGUAGAAUUAAGAAUCUGGGGUGUGGGACGUGGUGGAAUGUGACCGGCACUAAUGGGAGUAAAAAAUGAAAACAAGCUGAUAAACACACACACUGUCAUGGAGGGUUAAAGAGAAAGUCAAUCAUAACGAUGGCUAAUUAGAGUUGAGACGAAAUUUGUGUAGGGGGAACCAACUACUUUGUAAUACUGUGUCAGAUGUGGGAGCUGGAAAAGUUUACCAGCUUUUGUAGGA